GGAGCCAAUCAGAGAAUCGGCUCCCUCCGGGCGCGAGCAGUCGCGCCACCGGCCCGCGGCCGUUACUGGUGGCGCGCGCGGGGACUCAAAGUAGGUGAGUUCUGGGGGGCCUUGCCCACAGCUCCCCGGGUGCCAUCUUGGUUCUCCCGGAGGGCGGGAGGGGCGUGCCUUGGGUGCGACUGGGCGGAGGAGAUUUGGAAGUUUGCUUCUCGGAUUAUAAUAUUCAUCUUUACUUGACGCCCCUCCCCGAGUUUAGGUAUGAAGACACAGGGAGACGUUAGGCCAGGAGGGAACCCACUGGGAUGGGGAUCAAAGAUGGUGGCCCAUUGGAUUGGAGCCAAGGGUCAUGGGCACCCGCUGAGUUCGCCAGUCUUAAUGACGGAGUUGGUACUAUCUCCAAGGAGGCGUCCCACUUUCCCUUCCUGUCAACAGUUUCCCUCUAUGGUGGCAUCUUGCUAAGUGAAUUCCGUCCAUGCUAUUUUGAGUUUUCAUCUUUCAUUUGUUCUUUCAUCAGGAGGGCUGGGUGAAUUUUAUGUUUCGUUCGUGAAUAUACCCUGAAUACUUCGAACGGUACCAGGUGCACAAUGACUACUCUUGAAGGAAUAUGAUGGACCCCAGGGGAAAAGACACUUCUGCUGGUCCAGUUCUCGAAGGGAUGUGUGAAGGCAGAAAGGGAAAGUAACGGUUACAAUAUGGUGAGAAGUGUUAGGAUAGUUUCAAGUCCUUUCACCAUUGCGGAACACAUUAUGGAGGACACUCAGGCUAUUGACUGGGAGGCUGAAGAAGAGGAGGAGACAGAGAGACCCAGUGAAUCCUUGGGGUGUAACUUGGCGCCCGUAGGGCGACUGCGUAUCUUCAGUAGUGCCUAUGGACCAGAAAAAGAUUUCCCACUCUACCUCGGGAAGAAUGUGGUAGGCCGAAUGCCUGAUUGCUCUGUGGCCCUGCCUUUUCCAUCCAUCUCCAAACAACAUGCAGUGAUUGAAAUCCUGGCCCGGGACAAGGCACCUGUCCUCCGGGAUUGUGGGAGCCUCAAUGGGACUCAAAUCCUGAGGCCUCCUAAGGUCCUAAGCCCUGGAGUGAGUCAUCGUCUGAGAGACCAGGAGUUGAUUCUCUUUGCUGACUUGCCCUGCCAGUACCAUCGCCUGGAUGUCCCCCUGCCUUUUGUCUCCCGGGGCCCUCUAACUGUAGAGGAGACACCCAGGGUACAGGGAGGAGCUCAUCCCCAGGGCCUCCUGUUGGCUGAGGACUCAGAGGAGGAAGUAGAUCCUCUUUCUGAAAGGCAUGUGGUGAAAGAACCAAGGACUACAUCUUCCUCUUUGGCAACAGUAGUUCCGGAGAGUGAUGAAGAGGGGCCUUCCCUAGCCCCGGGUGGCCCUGGGCCACCUUUUGCCUUCAACUUGGACAGUGACACAGAUGAGGAAGAAAGUCAGCAACUAGCAGCAGGGGAGCCCUCCUCAGCUGCCAGGAGAGGUGCCAUUGCAGAGACAGAACAGCCUAAAGCAACCACAACUGAAAUCCAACUUGAAAAGGAUCAGUGUUCAGUGAAGGAAAGGGACAAUGACACAAAAGUCAAGAGGGAUGCAAGGAAUGGGGUAGUUCCAGCUGGGGUGAUUCUGGAGAGGAGCCAAUCUGCUGAGGAGGACAGUGACACAGACGUGGAUGAUGAGAGCAGAUCUCCAGGAAGGCCAGCUGAGGUCCAUUUGGAAAGGGCCCAGCCUUGGGGCUUCAUAGAGAGUGAUACCGAUGUGGAAGAAGAGGGGAUCCCCGCUACCCCAGCUGUAGUUCCUAUGAAGAAGAGGCAAAUCUUCCAUGGAGAUGAUGCAAAGAGUCCUGGGGCACCUGGCUUGGCGCAUCUGCAGGAGAGCCCAGCUGGUAGUGAUACAGAUGUGGAGGAGGGUGAGGCCCUACUAACGGUCCCUCUGGAGAGAAGCCAAGCCCCCAUGGUGAUCGACAGCAAUACAGAUGACGAGGAAGAAGUCUCAGCAGCACUCACUUUGGCAUGUCUGAAAGAGAGCCGAGCUCUUACCUGGAACAGAGGUACAGCUAUGGAAGAGGACAAAGCCCAACCUGUCAUCCUUCUGGAGCAAAGCCAAACCUCUGCCGAGAGAGACAGUGACACCGAUGUGGAGGAAGAGGAGCUCCCAAUGGAAAAGAGAGGAAUUGUCCCCAAGGAUCCCACAGAUGGGGCACAUUCAGAAAAGAGCCAACCUCCUCUUGGGGACAGUGAUAGAGAGAUGGAGGAAGAUAAGAGCUCACCUGCAGUCCACCUGGAGAGAAGCCAAGCCUCUGCCACACUGGAUGUCAACACACAAGUGAAGGAGGAAGUCCCACCAGGGCCAGAUGUUACACUUCUGGAGAAGCAUCAGGUACCUGUGGCAUGGACAAAUCAAACAGAUGUGGAAGCAGAAGGGGGCCCAGCAAAGCUGCCUAUGGUGCGUCUAAAGGAAGCCCAGCCUCCUCCAGUUGGGGACUGUGAGGUCACAUCCUUAAGAGCCUCAGCAGUGACAGAUGUAAGAAAGAGCCAGCUUCUCACAGGAGGGGAUACUGGGACAGAGUGUACUGUGGCUGUUCUUAAGCAGGAGAGCGCUCUUGAGGCAGGGGCCCAGGGUGGGUCACCUGUGGCAUUAGUGGAGCAGGGCCUUCUCCCUGUCUCAAGGGAGAACCUAACAGAUCUGGUGGUGGACACAGGCACUCCAGGAGAACCCACUCAGCCACAGAGAGAGGGAGCCCAGACGCCCACAGAAGGGGAGAGAGAACCACAUGUGGAUGGAGCCAAGGACUCUGGAGACGACCAUGAUGAUUCUGAAGAUCUCGACCUACAAGCUACCCAGUGUUUUGUGGCGAAAGAGGGUCAGAGCCUGGCAGCACUCCAGAGCAUGGAGGAUGAACCCACCCAGGCCUUCCUGUUAACUCUACCCCAAGAGCCUGGCCCUUCCCGUUGCAGCUUCCAGGCCGAAGGUGCCCUGGAUGAGCUAUGGGAGGUCUUGGCUACACAGCCAUACUGUCCAAGAGAGUCUGAGUCCUCUGAGACCCAGCCCGUUGCUGGCCACCUUGAGGCCCAUGGAUCUUGCCUCUCUCCACCUAGGGCAACACCAGGAGAACAGCAUCCAGAGAGCCCAGUUCAUGCAGAGCCACUGGGGAUUCAAGGCAGAGAGAUGCAAACUGUGGAGAAAGACAUGGGUACACCAAGGGAAACAGCAGAGAGGGUGACCCCUGAGAGAGGGCCAUUGGAGAGGGCAACCAAGAAACUGCCACUAGAAGGGGAGAGAGAAAAUGUGAUAGGAGAGGAAGAAUUAACCAGAGGGAUACAGGACAGUGAACAAAAGCAGGUGUUAGCUAGAGACACUCAGAGACAAGAUUCUGACGAAAAGGUGACAAGUCCCGAAAGGAAUAUGGAGAGUUUGAAGGUAGAAAUUGAGACACCCGAGGAAAUACAAGAGAAAGAGAGAGAAAAGCAGACUCUUGCAAGAGAAAUAUUUGAGAGAGAAGCAGAGAAACUAGUACCAGAGAGAGUGUGUGAGGCAGGUGGGUUAGAAGUCAAGGUAUCCAAAGUGAUACUAGAGAGAGGCCCUCAAGGAGGGGAGCCGGAGAGAGGGAGCCAGGACCAGAAAGGGAAGGCCUCCAGUCCAACACCAGAGCCUGCGGUGGGGGCGGGGGGCCUUCAGGGACUUGCUGCAGCCACAGUAGCUUCUGGGAGCCAAUCAGGUGGAGGAAGGGGAGUCGCAGUGAGCCCCAGGAGGCAGGAGAGAGGCCACUUGAAUUGCGAGAUGCCACCUGCUGAGAAGGCUUCCAGGGGUGAUCAGGAAUCCCCAGAUGCUUUUCUGCCUCCUGCGGUGCCUGAAGCCUCGGUCCCACUCCAAAACCCCCUCAUCUCUCAGAGCCAAAAGCAAAAUGGGAGUCAGGGAACCCCAGAGAUUCCUUCCACAGAGCUGGAGCCUCUCCACUCAAAACCCAAAGUCAGGCCCCAGGGGUCCUCCAGGUUGACACCCUCUCCAGUUUCUUCUAUAGCCCCUGAGUCCCACCCUACCACCCCAACAGACCAGCCUGUCAGCCCUGAGCCCACAUCUCGGGCCACUCGGAGCAGAACACGUAGGACCUCUGUCAAGACCCCUGAACCAGUUGUCCCCACAGCUCCUGAGCUCCACCCUUCCACCUCUAAAGAACAGCCUGUCACCCCUGAGCCCACAUCUCGGGGCAGGACACAUAGAUCUUCUGUCAAGGCCCCUGAGCCAGUUGUCCCCACAGCUCCUGAGCUGCAACCUUCCACCUCCAAAGACCAAUCUAUCAUCCCCACACCUACAUCUCGGGCCACUCGGGGCAGGACACAUAGGUCCUCUGUCAAGACCCCUGAACCAGUUGUCCCCAUAGCCCCUGAGCUUCAGCCUCCUACCCCCACAGACCAACCUGUCACUGUUGAGCUCACAUCUCGGGCCACUCGGGGAAGGACACAUAGGUCUUCUGUCAAGACCCCUGAACCAAUUGUCCCCACAACCCCUGAACUCCAGCCUUCCACCUCCAAAGACCAGUCUGUCACCACUGAACCCACAUCUGGGGCCACUCAAGGCAGGACACAUAGGUCUUCUGUCAAGACCCCCGAACCAAUUGUCCCCACAGCCCCUGAGCUCCAGCCUUCCACCCCCACAGACCAACCUGUUACCCCUGAGCCCACAACUCCGGCCACUCGGGGCAGGACACAUAGGUCCUCUGUCAAGACCCCCCAACCAAUUGAACCCACAGCCCCUGACCUUGAACCUCCCUCCCCCACAGACCAGCCUGUCACCCCCAAAGGCAUAGCUCAGAGUGGUCAGAGCAGGACACUAAGGUCUUCUACAAUAAGGGCUAUGCCGGUUCCUACCACUCCUGAAUUCCAGUCUCCUGUCCCCACAGACCAACCUAUUCCCCCUGAGCCCAUCCCUCAAGCCAGUCGCAGCAAGAGGCCAAGGGCCACUAGGAAGUAUGGGUCCCUUACAGCUCCCAUUGUCCAUGAACCCUGCUCUGCACCCCCGGAACCUAACUCAAGGAAACAAAGACAAAGAAUAGUGAGAGCAGCUGAGUCCCUUAGAACCAUUCCUGAGCCUGCCUUUGCCCAGCUUCCUGAGGCACCCACGCGUGCUUCCCGGAUCCAAAAGGUAGAGGGAGCAGGUACAUCUGGGUUCACUCCAGAGCCCCAGCCUAAGGCCUCUCAAAGCCGCAAGAGACCUUUAGCUACCCUAGACUUAUCCCCACUUCAAAAACGGCUCCCAAGAGGGAAGGUUCCCCAGAAGACAGCAUUCCUCAAGGAAGAGGAAGAAGAUCCCACAGAGAGGCCAGGGAAGAAGGAGGAUGUAGUGAUUCCAGAACCAGGCAAGAGAAAGAGAGACCAAGCAGAGGAAGAGGGAAUACCAAGCCGCAGCCUCCGACGGACCAAACCUAACCAAGAGUCCACGGCCCCCAAAGUGCUCUUCACAGGAGUGGUGGAUGCUCGAGGAGAGCGGGCUGUGCUGGCCCUGGGCGGAAGUCUGGCCAGCUCCGUGGCAGAGGCUUCUCACCUGGUGACUGAUCGAAUCCACCGGACAGUCAAGUUCCUGUGUGCCCUGGGGCGGGGGAUCCCCAUCCUCUCCCUGGACUGGCUGCACCAGUCCCGCAAGGCUGGUUGCUUCUUGCCCCCGGAUGAGUAUGUGGUGACUGAUCCUGAGCAGGAGGAGAACUUUGGCUUCAGCCUUCGGGAUGCUCUGAGCCGAGCUCGGGAGCGAAGGCUGCUGGAGGGCUAUGAGAUUCAUGUCACCCCUGGAGUCCAGCCACCUCCACCUCAGAUGGGAGAGAUCAUCAGCUGCUGUGGAGGCACUGUCCUACCCAGCAUGCCCCGGUCCUAUAAGCCUCAGAGAGUUGUGAUCACAUGCUCCCAGGACUUCCCUCGAUGUUCCAUUCCAUCUCGGGUCGGGCUGCCCAUCCUCUCACCUGAGUUCCUACUGACAGGAGUGCUGAAGCAGGAAGCCAAGCCAGAGGCCUUUGUCCUCUCCGCUUUGGAAAUGUCAUCCACCUGAAAACCCCACCCCAUUCCUUCCCAGACCAAUAAAUAAAAUGUUAGAAGAUAUUUGGAAGAAAGAACUUAGGGCUAUAGAAAGGAUUGGGAUGUAUUGAUCUGAUUUGUCUUGGAAUAUGGGUGGGGCCAAAAAGGCUUAUGGGUAAAGAGAAAGAUAGAUUGGGAGCCACAGAUUUUCUUAAAUGACCUUUUAAAAUUGGCUAAUCCCAUGCUCAGAUAUCUUGAGCAGCUCUCAUCUUUACUUAGUCUGAUGUGCUUAUUGCUUUGUGGCACACAUGGUGUCCUGCCUCCCAUUAGGAAGCCAUCUCUCUUCCUCUUUUCUUACUGGGAUUCUCUCUUGUCCUCCGAAAGACAGUGGAAACAAUUUUAGUGUCAGGAACUUGAAGGGAUGCUUGGAGUGAGUAAGCGUGAGGGUGGAGUUAUGGAAUGCUACUAAAACGUCGUCUUCUCCUCUGGCCCCAUCUUGUUAGAAGCGCCCUUUAGCUUUGACUUUGAGCAAAUCUCUGCACUUUUCUGGCCUGCUAUUCCAGUCUUUAUAAAAUUAGAGUUUAGACUUAUCCUCUGUGAUAAAUAAAUAUUCACUCUGUGCCUUA